AUUGCAUUUACACCUACCCACCAAAACACUGAAAUGAACAAACAAGGAUUGGAACUCCUUCCCCUCUUUCCUUUACUUCUCACACGUCAAGGGCAAAGAAAUGAACAGCUCUUGUUCUUCUUCUUGUUCUUCCUCUGCUGCUGUUUUUCUCGCACGCUCCAGGCAUGCGAUGUUUCCGUCUCUUCAUUAGUGGAAUCCAGGUUUUUAGGUUACUGUGAUGGAAGCCAAGUCCAUGGAGCUGCAAUUUCUUCUCCUUCUGCUAUUUCUACUCGCUGUUGCUGCUCAUGGACUCGCUUCUAAUGCGACACUGAACGAGACUUGUGGAUACUUCGAUGGUUCUCUCAGUAGAGAUGCAAAAGUACCUUGCCCUAUUGGUUGGGUUAUGGACCCUAACAAGACCAAGUGCUUUCUUCAUGUUGGGAGGCCUCAAUCUUGGAAUGACUCAGAGAUCUGUUGUAGUAAGUAUGGUGGACAUUUAGCUUCAUUGACAUCACUUCAGGAGCUACAAUUUGCUCGGAGCCUAUGUGGUGAAUCUGUGAAUAGUUGCUGGAUUGGUGGAAAAAGACAUAACACUACAACUGGUUAUCAGUGGAUGUGGUCUGACAAUUCACCAUGGAAUAACUCCAUAUCUCCAUUGGAAAAUGUUCCACCCCAUUGUAAUGGAACUGUACUAUCCUGUCAUAGAAACAAUUCAGACAAUUUGUGCACAGUAAUGACUAAUAAUUCAAACUCUCUCGUGAGUGAGAGAUGCGACAAUCCUCACUCUUCUCUAUGUAUACUUGAUAUAGAUGCAGCGUGUAACCGUAUGCACUGCCAUAGGGAUUAUUACCUUAUCAUCCUCAUAGUAGUGAGUGCCUUGAUACUCUCCACAACAUUAGCAGUGGUAGUUUGGCUUCUUGUAUAUAAACGGGGCAAGAAAAGAAGGCGGUCUAGAAAAAUAUCUGUUCCAGGAGCAUCUCUUCCAUCAUGGAAAGUCUUCACUAAAGAGGAAUUGAGGUCAAUUACGAAGAAUUUCAGUGAAGGUAACCGUCUUGUUGGUGAUACCAAGACUGGUGGUACAUACAGUGGGGUUUUAUCAGAUGGUUCAAGGGUUGCAGUUAAGAGAUUAAAGAGGACAAGCUUUCAGAGGAAAAAGGAGUUUUAUUCUGAAAUUAGCAGGGUUGCUAGGCUUAGAUAUCCCAAUCUGGUUGCUGUGAUGGGAUGCUGCUAUGAUCAUGGUGACCGUUACAUUGUUUAUGAGUUUGUAGCUAACGGUCCCUUAGAUAAAUGGCUGCAUCACAUACCUAGGGGAGGUCGCAGCUUAGAUUGGGCUAUGAGGAUGAAAAUUGCUACAACGCUUGCUCAAGGAAUUGCGUUUCUGCAUGACAAAGUUAAGCCACAAGUGGUGCAUCGAGAUAUACGUGCAAGCAAUGUACUGCUGGAUGAGGAGUUUGGAGCACGCCUGAUGGGUGUUGGUCUGUCAAAGAUUGUGCCGUACGAAGUAAUGCAUGAGAGGACUGUCAUGGCAGGUGGAACUUACGGAUAUCUUGCUCCAGAGUUUGUGUAUAGAAACGAGUUUACAACGAAGAGUGACGUAUAUAGUUUUGGUGUCCUACUACUUGAAAUAGUAAGUGGACGGAGACCUACACAGGCAGUUGAUUCUGUUGGUUGGCAGAGUAUCUUUGAGUGGGCAACACCUCUUGUGCAAGUUCAUCGCUACCAUGAACUCUUGGAUCCUCAUAUAACUUCAUCCUCUUCUAGCAUUAUCCCAGAGGCUAGUACCAUCCAAAAGGUGGUUGACCUUGUUUAUUCCUGCACGCAGCAUGUUCCUUCUAUGCGCCCUAGAAUGUCUCAUGUUGUUCACCAGCUGCAACAGAUUGCCCAACCACCUGCAAAGUAAAGCUAAUCUAGUGGUAGUACUCUUGACUUCAAAUUUCUGUAUCUAUAACUUCCAAGUGGAGGGUUUUAUAACAGAUAUUUAUGUACUUUAACUUCCUCUUUUUUAGGGUCGAAAUUAGCUUUUUGUUAAAUCAAGUGGGAAAUAGGGUGAGAAGAGGCAAAUUGUGCGAAACAAUAUUUGAAUUUUUAUACCAAUUGAUGAAUUGUUCUUGAGUA